GCUGGGGUGAGGAGCACAUGAAGCUGAGCUCUCCUCGUUACUAUGGCACAGGGGCCGGUGAGCUUGUGCCUUCCCUGCACUCAGCCAUGCUCCAGCAUCUACCUUCUCCCUCCUCUUCCUCCCUAGCUGUCACCAAAGGGCUCCUCAUCCUCUGGGCAGUGCCAGGCCAGGGGGCCCGGCCCCUGAAGCCGCCCACCCUGCAGCAGAUCCAGGCUCUGGUGAGGCACAUGGCCGAGGACGCGCAGGAGCUUUUCACCUUCUACAAGGAGGACCAGCGCCUGACCAUCAACGACCUGUGCCACAACAAACAGCCUCCCGAGUGGCUGCAGAUCCCGGGGCCGUGGCCUGAGGGGCUGUGGCAGCUGCGGAGGACCAUGACCAACAUGUCCUGGGCGCUGCAGGACAUCAGCCGGCACCAGCGCGACCUCAACCCCCCCGGCGCCGAAAUCCUGCGCCGCCUGGACCGCACUCACCUGAAGGUGCGAGGGCUCCUCAGCAACCUGGACGGAUUCCUCCAGGCCCCCAGGCCUUGGCCAGACCGCCGGCCCCCACCUGGCCCCACGGCGCCUACCAGGGUGUUCUGGCAGAAGGUGGAGGGGUGCCGCGUCCUCUGCAGCUACGCUUGCUUCAUGGACAAGCUCAGCACCCGGGAACAGGCCAAGAGCCGCCGGCAGCGCCGGGGCAAGCGGAGACAGUGCCGGGGCUGCGCCUGAGCUCACGCUCCCGGUGCAGCUCCAGCGGCACCACGGUGAUCCCCAG